UGUGUUUUGAGAGAUCCUGCUAUUUUUAGAAUUUUGGUGAAUGAACGGCGGAUACAGUUUAAGCAAGGAUUCUCUUCGGUUCAAGGAUUUCUACGCCAUUGGAAAAAACAAUGGCGCGACUUUUACGUAAAUUGCGCCAAGCGUCAUCACGUCUUGAGCGCUAUAUAAACUCGGCGACUCCACAGACACAGCAUCUCCGACUUCUGGUGAUCAAGCAGAAACAACUCAGAAACAGAACAACCUUUCUCGUUUUACCACACCGUCUCCGCUUUUCACGAAAGUAACUACAACAGCCCAAGAAGAAAGAACUAUCUCUGAGCACAUUGUUCUCGUGUCUAGCUCCAAGUAAAUCUUCCCCACGAUGUCUUCCUUGAAACUGACAAGCGCCGUGACGUCUGCAGUGCUGGUGCUACUCUCCACUCUUCUGUCGUCUGCAGCAGCCCAAGGGGUCGUCCUCCGUCCGGGAAGAUGUCCUGCUACGGGGACUCAGGCUGCUUUUGACCCCAGUCGGUACCUGGGUACGUGGUACGAGUACGAGCGCUUCGACAACUGGUUCGAGGCGGGCAUGGACUGUGUGAGAGCCGAGUACGGCCUGAACCCUGACCAGACCAUCAGUGUUCUCAACGCCGGCACCAGGACCUUUAAGCUGUUCGGACGUACUAUCUUCAGCCGGCCGGCCUCCAUCAACGGUGACGCUACCACACCGGACCCUGCUUCCCCUGCCGAGCUCAAAGUGUCCUUUUCACAAUGUAAGUUUUUUUCUCACCUUUUCUGCCGGUGAUUUACAGGGCACUUAUUGUCUUCUUUUCUAUCUUUUUUGUUGAAAACAUGGAAAGUUUUAUCGACCAAAAAAUCAAUGUAUAGAAACUAUAAAAGACAUAAAAAAUAUUCAUGGAUUAUGAAUAGACUUUUAAACACAAGUCAUGAAAGCAUUCUUUAUCAAAAAUUAGGUGGGGAAUUUCCUAGACGAAAAAAAACAACAAAAUACAGCAUUCAGACUCUAUUCCUUUGGUUAGUGUCAGUGGAUGAAACAUGUUUACUAAAAGGAAGAAUUCGUAGAGAAGCAGACGUGCUGAUACAUAGUGUAGCUCAGCUAGCACUUUACUUAACUUCGGUGCGGAUCACUUUGGUUCAAAUCCCUAGUAGGGCGUUCUUAAACUUGGGACGUUGGGAGGAUUUUCAAGUCCCUCCACAUGUUGUACUCUCUCCAAUAAAUAAAAAAAAUAUGAGUAUAUACUACGUAUCUGAUUCAGUUAUCCUUCCUCUUGAAAGACCACAAUAUGAAGUUUCUAGAGGCACUAAGCUUCUACCAUAGCAUCAUAGCAUAGCGUGUAUAACCAAGUUUUCCCUGCACUGUUCCAGUUGACGGUAUUGGUGGCAAUGAGCCCAACUACUACAUCGUGGAGACGGACUACGACAGCUACGCGGUUGUCUUCUCUUGUUUCGACCUGCCUGGACUGCCUGUGAAUAUCCGUAAGUAGACAACAGCUUGUUUGUUUGAAUUUGAAUUUUACACUCCUUUUAAAGCAAUGUAGACAUUUAUACCUAAGAUACAACUUGUGAUGAGAUGGUUGUGGGAAGCAAUGAAUACUAUGUCGGCAUGGAUUAUAACUUUUU